UUUCAACUGUCACUGUCAAAACAGGAUAAAUAAAAUAACUACUAGUAUUAAUGAACGAAGACGCUCGCAGAUUGAUCAUUUUGUAUACCUAAUUAUUUAUAUUAAUUACUGUAUAAAAUAUGUAUUGUGUAAUAUUUAACAAAAAGCUAAAACAUGUCUGAUCUUCGAAUAUGUAGGAUUUGUUUGCGAACGGAGUGUAAAAUCUACAAGUAUGAUCUACAUCAACUCAAGCAUUUUUAUGAAGAAGUUAUGGCAGCAAAAAUCAAUGAGGUUGAUGUAUUCCCUAAUUAUUUCUGCUACGAAUGCGCCACUUUACUGCACAAGUUCCAUAAAUUCAAGGAGAAAUGUCACACUGGGCUGAGAGUGCUACAAGAGAUGCUAUGGAAAGGACCGAUAACCUAUCAAGCAAUAUACGAUAUUGACAAACAAAGUCAAAAUUUAGACUCAAGCUUAGGCAUCAUAAUGGUCCCUUCACAUUCACGGAGAGUCAAAACAUUCUCUAUCCUGGACUCGGCGAUGAGCAGUGAUGAAGAAAUUGACACCAAUGACAUUGAAUUCAAUAAUGAUGAUGUGGAAUUAAUCAAUGAUGAAACUGAAUUAAACAAUGCCAUUUGUUCCAAUUUUUUAAAUAAAGAAACCAAAACUGAUGAACUUGAAGAACUUUCAAAUGACAAUAUACAUAAUGACAUACAAUUAAUAAGCAUAAAAUCUGAAAAACUUGAUGUAGAUGAGGCUGAAUAUAAGUUUGAAGGUGAUUUGAAGAUUAAGAAAUUGAGUGUGGAACAUUGGAAGAGAAUUAAUUUGAGUGAAGAAGAAGCGGUGAAUGAAUUUCGUGCACGGGCAAAGAAUCCCAAGUUUCUGAAAGCUCCGUAUCAGUGUAUGCUGUGUUUCAAGGGAUUUUCUAAGAACGAAAUGUUAAAGAGACAUCAUCAAAUUAAGCACAGUGAGUCAAUCGGGCGUAUGGAGUGCCGCUUCUGCAAAAUGCGCUUCAGACAAAAAUGCUACUUGGGAUCACACAUGCGCACGCACUUCAUAAAGUUUCAAUGUCUCCGGUGCGACCUUGUCUGUAACUUGGAACAGACAGCAUUAUUACAUGAUGAAUAUCACAGUGGAAUAUUGAGGAAAUGUGUGUUCUGUGAUGAAGAAUUCAAACACAUGUCAACGUACUAUACACACUUGCGCACGCACCGCAGCAAAUUUGUGUGUACACUGUGCGGCGUCUCCUUUGUGAGCAAAGCCGGGUUGCAUCAGCACAAGAAGAGGAAGCAUAUAUUGGAGGAAGUUGAUAGUCCCGAUGACUUCGAAGAUCUGAAUACAUACUGCGAACGUUGUGAUAUUCGAUUCGAGACUAGAAAGGCAUUCGAGGAACAUCUAUUACAUUCCACCAUGCAUAUUGAUGGAGACGACCCGGCUGAAUUUAAGAAAAAAACCUUGGGGAAGAAGAUAAAAGCGAAGAUUACCAAUACACUACGAAAAAUGAAUUCUGAUGACGAUCUGUUGGCUCUCAGUCAUCCCAGGAAGAGAGUCAGGAAGUACAAACGCAUGAGAUGCAAGCCCACAACGUGUUAUCAGUGCGGGCAACACUUCGCGACACAGGCGGCGUGUAUGGCCCACCACAAGGAGAUGCAUCCGCGCACUUCGUUCUACUCUAACAACGAACGAGCUAUAUGUGAGAUCUGCGGCGCUAAUCUCGCGCCGGGCAGUAUAAUAACUCACAUGAACAUGCAUUCCCGCGAGAAGAUGCACCCAUGCAGCUUGUGCGACAAGAGUUUCCACGCCAGCUGCAGCCUGAAGCGACACCUGGUGACACACACAGGCGAGAAGAGGUUUGUCUGUUCGGUGUGCGGCAAAAGAUUUACUCAGAGCAACAGUAUGAAGUUACAUUAUAGAACGGUGCACCUCAAACAGCCAUAUCCAAAGAGAAAUAGAAGAAAAAAGAAAAACGAACCGCAAACUACCGUGGACGAUUCGAAAUCAGACGAAUCAGACAGCCUGCCGGAACCGGAAAUUGGGUCCAUACGGGACCCUAAGACGGGACUCGAACCCGUACCCAAUGUGCCAUUAGACUCGAGAUUGGAGGAGAAUGUGUAUUUGACACUCACGUAGACUUCAGUGAUAUUAAAUGUGAUUUUGUCCAUUU